AGCAUUUAUCUCCAGAGAGAGAUACAAGGAGGGAAAGCAGAUUGUGUAUUUGAAAGCAUCGCCUCUGAUGAAGCUUUAGUACAGACGAGGAAAGAAUUGUGGUAUUAGCAUCACUUUCGUCGGAGGGAAACUUGGGAUUUUAUUCGAUCACCUACAAGGAGAGGAACAAAGAUGAACCAAACUGCGUCCGUCUCUCACCAGAUUGACUGUCAGCCAGUCAGGGAUGCAAAGGAGUUUGUGGACGUCAGCGCCCCGCAGAGGAACUGGAAGGGCAUCGCCAUCUCGCUGCUGGUGAUCGUGGCGGUCUGCUCGCUCAUCACCAUGUCUGUGGUCGUCCUCACGCCUGCGGAGCUCCCCGGCAACAAUAAGUCCAGGCUGUCUGUGGCGGAUCUGUACAAACAAGAGUUCAGCAUCCACAACCCCGAGGCCACGUGGGUCAGCGACUCAGAGGUGGUGUACAGGAACCGUGACGGCCACGUCAUCAAGUUCAACUUCGCCUCCAACGACACAGAAGUCGUUCUGACCAACAGCACGUUUGUGGCCUUCAAGGUGGUGAAGUACUCGCUCUCUGCAGAUCUGAAGUACGCGCUCUUCGCUUACGAUGUGAAACAGAUCUACAGAUAUUCAUACACGGCGUCUUACAUCGUCUACAACAUCUACACCAGGGAGGUGUGGGAGCUAAACCCGCCGGAGGUUCACAACGCGGUUCUCCAACAUGCAGCUUGGGGAAGACGAGGACAGCAGCUGAUCUACAUCUUUGAGAAUAACAUCUACUUCCAGUCCGACGUGAAGAGUAACUCUCUGAGGAUCACCUCGUCUGGGAGCGAGGGAGUCAUCUUCAACGGACUGGCCGACUGGCUGUACGAAGAGGAGAUUCUGCGUUCACACUUGGCUCACUGGUGGUCGCCUGACGGGGAGAAACUCGCUUUCCUCUCCAUCAACGACAGCCUGGUGCCCAACAUGGUUCUGCCCCAGUUCACCGGCAGCACCUACCCCAGAGGACUACAAUACCCAUAUCCUAUGGCCGGGCAGAAAAACCCUGAAGUCAAGCUGUCGGUGGUCAACUUGUUCGGAGCGACACACACUCAAGAACUGCAGCCUCCUGAUCCACUCAGGCUCAGGGAUUUCUACGUCACCAUGGUGAAGUGGAUCAGUAAUACUCACCUGGCAGUGCGCUGGAUCAACCGGCCCCAGAAUGCAUCACUGCUGACGGUGUGUGACGCCAACACCGGAGUCUGUCUGCAGAGACACAAGGACUCUUCAGAGACAUGGCUCUCAGUACAGGGACAGGAGCCGCUGUUCUCCAGGGACAGGAGCAGGUUCUUUCUCACUCUGCCCGUGAAACAAGGAGGUCAGGGAGAUUUCUGCCACAUCGCAAUGUUCACUAAAAAGUUACGAAGUGACAAGGACGAAGUUCGACACUUGACGUCAGGAGACUGGGAGGUGACGCAGAUCCUAGCUUACGAUGAAAACGAUCAGAUCGUAUACUAUCUGAGCACAGAGGACUCUGCACAACAAAGACAUCUCUACAGCGUGUCCACCCUCGGCCUGUUUCCUCGCCGCUGCCUCACCUGUGGACUGAAGGAGGAGUGUUCCUUCUUCGACGCUGACGUCAGCCCCGACGCACAGCACGCCAUCCUGCACUGCAAAGGUCCUGGAGUUCCAGCUGUGCUGCUUCUAAGUUUCUAUGACGUCGACUCGUAUUUCAUCUUGGAGAACAACCUCCCUCUGCGGUCGGCGCUGGAGACUAAAAAGAGGGUUCAGACGGAGAUCCAGAUGAUCAGGAACGAUAACUUUGAGCUCCCUCUGAAGCUCAUCUAUCCUCCCGACUUCUCCGAGUCCUACAUCUACGGCCUUCUCCUCGUCGUGAGCAGUUCUCCGGGCGCUCAGGCGGCUACAGAGGAAUUCCGGCUGGACUGGGACUCGGUGCUGGCGGGAUCGGAGCAGGUCAUCGUCGCACGGCUCGACGGCAGAGGGUCGGGGUUCAGAGGUCAAAGGGUGUUGCAGCAGGUGCAUCAGCGGCUCGGCACCGUGGACGCCGACGACCAGACGGCAGCUCUGGAAUACCUGACGAAGCUGCCGUUCAUCGAUCACACUCGAGUGGGAGUCUUUGGAGAGGACUACGGCGGCUUCCUCGCUCUGACCAUGUUGAAGUCGACGGACAGUCUGAUCAGAUGUGCUGCAGCUCAGGCUCCCGUCACCGACUGGUCCCUGUACGCUUCUGCGUUUUCAGAGAGAUACCUCGGCUCGCCAUCGACGGAGGACAACAGAUACCAAGCAUCCAAAGUCCUGACCAACAUGAAAGGUCUGCAGGGAGCAACUCUGUUCCUGGCUCACGGCACUGCGGACGCAAAUGUUCACUUUCAGCACUCGGCAGAGCUCAUCAAACACUUAAUAAAGAUCGGAGCCAACUAUACUAUGCAGAUCUACCCGGACGAGGGACACUUCCUGUCGAGACGCAGCCGGAUUCAGCUGACUCACUCCCUAAUUGGUUAUUUUAGAGGAUGUCUGCUCGACACAUCAUCUUUACUUGACCAACAUCAGGAGGACGAGUGAGCGUGGAUAUUAUUACUGGACCGUGUGUGUGUGUGUGUGUGUGUGUGUGUGUGUGUGUGUGUGUGUGUGUGUGUGUUUUAUACCUGUAGCACAACGUUUGAUGGGCAAAACAAGCUUCUUCUUAAAUCAGAUAUAGUUUCUGUUGCUCAUCACCGCAGUAGAAUAAAGCUCCUAGCUGUUUAGCUUCAGUACGUCGGAGAAAUUCAAUUUUUAUUUGACAGCAGGAUUUAGAAAUUCUCCAAAAUGUGGGGGAGGUUUGGAGGACGAGGUGAUAAAGAGAGUCUUUCUUUUUCAUGCCAACCCACUUGUUUGAACCUUGAUAGGCUUCUUUCAGCACAGUCUGCACAAAUUCUGAAACAGAAGUUGUUUUUUUGGUGCUUUUUUCACGUCUUCUUGCAAAGUACAAGUGAGAGAAGUGCAACUUUUAGCCAGUUACGUAACUCUGGUAUUAAUGUACAGUAUUAAAUGUUCACGCAGAAACAAAACCCUCAGUUUUUUAAAUGCAAUUUAAAAAAAAACAAUUAAUAAAAAUAUGUUAUUGACAAAUACAAUAAAACAGUUUAUUCAAUUAAUUAAAUAACAGCCACAUAAAAUGUGAAGUAACAAACUUUCCAAACUUCAACAGCUGUUGUGUUUUUAUGAAUGAACCAGCUGCUUAGAGUAGAAGUAAGUGUAAACGUUUGCAGAGCAGGAAGUUCUUCACUGUGCAGACACGCAAAGUAUUUCUCACAAUCUUGUGAGCUUUACGUCCUUUCGUUAACGUUUAGUUUUUUUCUUAUUACAUAAGUUGAUUUUCGAAGCUCAUUAUAUUGAUUAUGUAUCGAGCUUUUGUUCUAAUGCACAUUGCAACAUCAGUGAGACAUGACGCAGAUUUCUGCCAUCUUUGAUCCUCCAAAGCUUCCAGCUGGAGACGUUAGUACAUUUGUUUAACAGCCUGAUGUCAACAUUUAACUGGAAGUUAACGAAACACGAAAACAUCUGUAGACGGCUUUCAGAUGUAUUUAUUUAUCACAUCACGUCUGCUCGUCAGCGUUACCUGAGAUGUAUUUAUUUAAUUUACCAACUGCAGUAGCUUAAUGAGACUUUUUUUAGAUGACUAUAAACUGUACAACCUUUUCACAAGGUGUUUGAAUAUCUGCUGUAAUUUACUCAUCUUUUGUGUAAUUUUGUGUUUUAAUAGUUGCAAGGUACGAUUUGCAGUUUAAUUUUCUAUGGUUUUAUAUUUUCUACUGUUCACCAAAAUGGUUUUAAACUACUUUUUAAAAUCCUCGUCUGACGAAAUGCUUUUUGUUUUGUAAACUUGAUCUGAAACUCGCGUCUUAAUUUAUGAAUUAAAAUCUCUCUGGAUGAAUUAUUUCAGGGGCAAUUGCUCCUCACUUGUGCAUUUCCAGCUGCUUAUCCAUUAAGUACUGCAAUAAAUGUGUUACGGCAACACGACGCCAUAACAAGAGCGUUCCUCGCUGUGUGCAGACAAUUACUGUCGGCCAUUAAUCACAGUGAUGAAUGUCCUCGACGCUGUUGUAGAUUUUAGAGGAGCCAUCAUGUGCUCGGUGUCUGGAGUUUAAUUUUCAAACUGCUAUAUUUAACGCUUUACCACUGAGCGAGUUAAAGAAACAGUACGUGAAGUCGUGGUUAUUGUUUCUGUCGGGGUUUGUACUGUGAAUUUAACUUUUCUUUUGAAUAAAGAAAAGCUUCAUGUAUUUUUUGCCUGUUUUUAAUAUUAAAGAACAAGUAAUGAGC